AUGGCAUCAGGACAGGAUAUGUGGUCACCUUCUUCGACCCCUGAGCCACCUGAGCCACAGAGGGCUGAUCAGCCAAAUGAUUACCGACCCACAAUGGAUUGGAAAGAAGGUUCAGGGGACAGUGAAGACGGGCUAAUAGGUGUUGACACUGGACGCCGUGCAGGAGUUUCGGAUGAUUUGGACGGUAUCAAUUUAACUGCAAAUACAUCAAACACUGCACCCAAUAUACCUAGUGGUUCAGGGAGCCAAGGAAAGAGGAAGAGAGGUGGAGGGUUGGAUAAGUACAAGAAGCAAAAAAUGCCAGCGACAAAAAGAAUAGCAGAUGCAGUAAGCUCGAUUAAGAAGGCUUCCAUUAGUACAGCAACGGCAAUAAACAAAAUCUCCAAUAGUGAUAACACUACUGAGUUGACUGCUGAUUUGCUGAGUAUGGAGGAAAUUGUCAGUGACACUCAUCUUUGUGUCAUGUGUUGUAAUCUGCUGGCAAACAAGACUUUCAGGGACAUAUAUGCUGGUCUGAGAGAAAAUCGGAAGGUAUUAGUGGCUUGGUUGAAGCACAAUGCUGAAAAUCCACCGUCAUAUGCUGCACCUAAGAAUCCUUGA